CAGGGGUUCAAAUACUUAUUUUCCCCUCUGUAUUUAGUAUGAUGGCUAUUUAGUAUGAUGGAUGAUUUAACAAGCUCAGUUUAUUGUUUUGGAUGUUUUUUGUUAGAUAGUAUUGAGAAUGCCAUUAUUUUCCUUUUUUUCAUGUGUGUAACGUGCCCCAUGUAGAUGUGUGUUUUAAGUGGCUUGACUCUCCAACUGCAGUUUUUCAAAAUGACUUCACCUCACACAUUGGGUAUGUCCAAAACCGAAUGCAGCUGCCUGCCACCUUGCUGCCUUCAGCUGUCUAACGAGUCCGAGUCAGUUGCCAUAGCAGACACCAUGGUACCUACUACAAACUUGGUUUGUUACAAGGUAACAACGCAGAACACCGUUGCCAAGAUACCGACAACUGACGUAAUAAUUCAAAUAGAAUUGUGUGAUUUGAAGACAGUAAAGGAUGCAUGAAAAAAUUCAGCUAAACAAAGGUGUCUUAGAAGGCAGAAUUGUAUACAAAUAUUGAAUUCGGACAUGCCUCGAUGCCUUCCUGCCACCAAAUGCUGUCAUACAAGGCAGAAUUGUUUCCAUUUCGGACAGACUCAUAGAGGUUAACCGGGGUCAAAAGGCUUUGCUUUUUAAUUCUAUCUUGUGAGAGGAGUCUUAGCCAUUAUACUGAUUCUAGUGGUUCAGUGCAAUCCCCCAUAACCGCUCUUAUGGAUCUGAAUCCAAGCACAGAGGCUCAGACACCACCCCAAAGCCAGCCUAUGCCUCACUCCAGACAUGCCACACAAUAUUAUGAGUCCUCUGUGUUAUUUUCUCGUCCAGCAGUGAUCCCACCUCAAUGCCAGGGACAGUCGCCGGUGCCCUUUCAACGUUAACGGACGUCUGUCGCCGUGUCCUUAGUCAUAAGACUUGGCUCAUGCUCAUACUCGAUGACACAUGCCACCCCCCACCACCCCUCCCCCUCCCCUGUCACACACACAUACCACUCCUAUUUAUCUGGCCGUGGGCGUGGAGGAAUUAUGCCUUCUCCAAACACAUCUGUCAUUGUGCCGAGCGAUCGGCUAGGCCUUUCUUAGCAGAGUUAGUGGAUGCUUUAUCGAGCUGUUUACACAACUGCGAGUGUUUAAGCAACCUGAACAGCUGGGGCCGGGAGUGGGCCCUGAAACAAGUCUGGGAGGUCGAAGGCCGUGUUGUUGGAAAGUGAUGGAGAUUUCUGAGCCGCCUAUUUUUCCAAAGAGGGUGGCAGUGUUGGACAUGGAGGAGGAGGAGGAAGGGGCCUUUGGGCUUCAUGAUAAUCUUCAUGUGUGACAUGGCGGUGCUAGCAUUCCCGCUAGCCCUCUCACUCUGUCUCUCACCUCGCUCCCUCCCUCCCUGCGGCCGAUCUCCUAAUAACCCCACUGGUGUUUUGACAGGAGAGCUGCCGGCCUCUCGAUUUCUGCACUGGCCUCCGCCUCCUUACAUUCCUGUGAGUAUUAGCUUAAUGGGGGCAGAACUAUUAUAUUUCAUUAAUUUCGCACCCUCUGAAGGAAAACCAGUUUGUGUUUCAAUAUCCUAACAAAUUCAGUUUGAGAAGAGUUAGGUGUCUAUGCAUAUAAAAAUAGCAAGCAUUUUAUUUACAUUUGAAUAAAACCACAGACAACUAGAAAAAGGGCAGGAAACCUGAUAUUUGGUAUUUGGCCUCUUACUGGGUGGCUUAAAGUAAAUUAAUACCAUAUGAUCUUUUGAUCAUAUCACAUAUCUUGACCUACAUACUAAGCUAUACAGCGAGGUAGAGUGCACUGGAUUCAUUUAUAUAUCCCAUCUGUGUUGUUUGCUCUUUAAGAUAGUGACCCAAGAGCUCCCGGUGCCCUGAGAGGCUUAGACUUUCAGUAUAGUCAACAUUAAGGAAAAAAUAAUGAGGCCAGUGAGACCUCAAGGUUAGAUCAUAUCCAUUGGACCACACACCUUGCCUUAAAUGGUUGACCCAAGGUCAUCUUGUCCUCCUUUUAAGGUAUACUGCUGCUGGUCCAUAACAUGUAUACCAUCCAACAGGGAUUAGCUAUUGUGCUGAUCAGAGAGAGAGAGAGAGCGAGAGAACAAUGUAGUGAACAGAUGCAGUCUUUUCCUGGAAAGAAAAAUAACAGAUUAAGAAAUUCCUGAACGUGUAGUGGUGGACAGUUGGUGUCUUUGAGCUAUCUGACUGGAUAUGUCAAGGAUGACUAAUUGUAGUCAGGGGACUUAAGUCUAUGAUGUCAGCCAUGAAAUUCCCGCGCAGGCAAAAACAUCGCCUCAACAUCAUGGCAGUAAUGAUCGAGUGGACAGGCGCGUGGACUCCCUCAUGCUCAUCAAACGCCCACAAGCAUUUGGGAGCCGACAAAACUGUCAGGCCUUUCAUCUCGGAUGAGGAAAAAGGGCGUAUGGAAAGGGCAGUGUAUUAAGUGAUUUCUCAUAUGAUAGUGCUCGCUGAGUUUCAUAUGAUGACUGUGAGAUGAAAGUCUGCCAUAAUAUUAAGAGUAAACAUCAAAUGUUUUUGAGGUUUUAAUUUUUAGCCGAAGAGAAGACUGCAAGUGUGCUGUUAAUCAAUAUUUAAUGUAAUUGUCUCUUUACUUCAGUUGAAAUGAUAAUCGAUGUGUUUCAUUUAAAGAGACAUGUGAAUCGACUACAAAAGGUGCUCUUUGAGAGGUGUACAGAGAUUCAGUCCGGUGGAAAUAUGCAACGCCAGGCAUUACAGUGUCAUGUCUAGCCUACGUAUACCUUGUUAACCGUUAAACGUGGAAACAAUGUGGUACACUACACCACUGAAAAACUAUCCGAAACAGCUUUUAUAUUUCAGAUUAUAAUCACCCUUUCCUCAAUAGACAGUGAAUGAAAAAUGAUGAAUAAUCGUAAACUGUGAACAACCCUGCGUCUCUAGUGUCCGCUGUAGGCUACCUGUCCGUGGGACAGCUGUGGCGCAGCGCUGACGGGCCGACAGAGAGACACCGGGGUGGGAGGGGAUGUGUGCUGCAGUCCUGCUCCAGCACUGGCAGUGAGGGAGGGAGGGAGAGAGACAGAGAGAAUGAGUAGGGGUAAAGAACUGCUGGCACGUCAAAAUUCAGACAAAACCACUCAGGGGAAAAGAACUUACGCAGUUGCGAAGUUAAAUACCGACAUGAAGGAUACACGAUAAGGUCCCAUGAUAAAGGAUGUUAUUUUUUUCUGGAAGCGCAAAUCGCUUCUUACUCGAGUGAAUACGGCUAAAUGGGCGCUUCUAAAACCUUCGAUUUGAGCAUAGUUUCAGAAUAAUUCCCUCGAAAAUGACCGGCAUUUAUACAUUUUACGUGACUCUCUGAUGUAUCGCUGUUAAAGUCUGGCAGGUCCUCUCGAUGCUCAUAAGCUUCUUGCGGGACUCGGAGGAAUAACAAACUGCGGUCUGCAAACUACAGCAGGACGGACAAUCCCAUUGGGCGGCGAGAGUGAAAGUGCUUAAACCAAUCGUUUAAAAACGCAUUGUGGCGAUGUUUUCUGAGUGAGACGGACGAAAGGGUUUUUGAUAGUAAAGAAAAUGGAAUGGAAUCAUGUCGAGGCUGUGCAGGAAUUCACAGCUGAAGGACAAUGCAGCAAAAUUAAAGUCCGGUCAUGCAGAAUCACCUGGGAUUCGCACCAGGUGGGGAACUCUCGAGUGGAGCUCACCCUGUCGGAGCUGCAAGAGAUGGCUUCACGUCAGCAGCAGCAGAUCGAGGCCCAGCAACAGAUGCUCGUCGCCAAACUUUCCACUGUGCGUUCUGAGGAGCAGCGUCUGCGUUAUCUGAAGCAUCAGGACGGGAGGCCGGGCCAGUCUGUGCCUGAGGCGGAGAAGCUGCAGAGGCUGAAGGAACGCGUGGACAGCCAGGAGGCCAAGCUGAAGAAGGUCCGCGCCAUGAGGGGCCAGGUGGACUACAGCAAGAUCAUCAAUGGCAACCUGUCAGCGGAGAUCGAGCACGUGAGCAGCCUGUUCCAGGAGAAGCAGGUUGAGCUGCAGUCGGCUGUGCUGAAGGUGGACCAGCUCACCCAGCAGCUGGACGACCUGCGGAGAGGUCGCCUCAACGGCCUGCAGCCGCUCGGAGGGCCCAUCAGUGGGGCUGCCGCGCUGGAGCUCCGUAAACUCUACCAGGAGCUGCAGAUCCGUAACAAGCUGAAUCAAGACCAGAGCAGCAAGCUGCAGCAGCAGAAGGACCUGCUCAACAAGCGCAACAUGGAGGUGUCCAUGAUGGACAAGCGCAUCGGCGACCUCCGCGAGCGCCUCUACAAGAAAAAAGCAGAGGCACGUCUCCCUCAGCCCCCCAGCCUUAACCGGAUGAAUGGACCCCCGUCCCCACAGCCCGCAGCGGGCAGCUCAGGUCGGGUGGCAGCUGUGUGCCCCUACAUUCAGGUGCCCAUGCCGGGCAGGCAGGAGGGGGGCUACGCAUUUCCCCCCGAUCCCCUCAAACCACAGUCGCUCUCCAUGACCGCCACAGUCAAUCACGCUCGCUCCAAAUCCGCAGAGGAGGAGGGGUUUGGAGGCGUGCGAAAGCCCCUGGGCCCCUGGAAGGUGUCAGAUUUAGACCUCAUAGCGGACCCCUCGCUGGUACCGCCCGCUCCAGAGGAGGCAGAAGGGCCCGGGGCCCCCACAGACCCCGCAGGGGCCCCCACAGACCCCGCAGGGGCCGACUGUGAUUCCACUAAUGAUGCCAGCUGGCCAGCUCUCACCAAAAGCAUGCCGCCACUCGUACCUCCAGACAAGAUGGCCGUCGGAAUGCAGGGUGACAAGAACCUGGACUCGAACAGGCUGGUGGGGGCAGUGACUGCUCUGUCAAAGCAGCCGCACUCGACCUACGGCACGUAUCCCAGUGCGGGCCACCACCCCACCAUCUGCUCCACCAGCUCCCUGCCCCGCUCUGCGCCCGCCACCCUGGCCUGGCAGCGUUCGCCCCCGACCUCCAGGUCGGCCUCCCAACAGAUCCAGCAGCGGAUCUCUGUGCCCCCCAGCCCCUCUUCCCAGGUGGUGUCCCCCAUGUUCCCCGGGGAGAGGCCCGACCCCCCUCUGGCAGCCGCCGUGCGCCCCUUUGUAACAGACCGGGGCGCCCGGCCACAGUCGCCCCGCAAGGGCCCGGCCACCAUGAACUCGAGCUCCAUCUACCACAUGUACCUGCAGCCGGCGGCUAAGGGCUACCCCAGCAGCAGCAGACCGGCAGUGAGGGCUGUCUAUGGAAAGCCUGUCCUGCCCUCCAGCUCUACUUCCCCCUCCCCCAUUCCCUUCCAGCACCAGAGCAGUCGAGAUGAGCCAGAUGCCGAGGGUUCCCCCCUACCUCCGCCCAGCGUGGAGAACAUCCCUCGUCCCCUCAGCCCCACCAAGCUCACGCCCGUGGCCCACUCCCCAAUGCGUUACCAGAGCGACGCCGACCUGGAGGUGCUCCGCAGGAAGCUGGUUAACGCUCCGCGCCCGCUGAAGAAGCGCAGCUCCAUCACUGAGCCGGAGGGCCCCGCUGGCCCUAACAUCCAGAAGCUUCUGUACCAGCGGUUCAAUACGUUAGCCGGGGGCAUGGAGGGAAGUGCGGUGGGCACUCCGUUCUACCAGCCAGACAGCCCGUUGAGCUACAUGGGCCCGCCGAUGAUCCUGAGCGAGGACGACUCCACCAAUGGGAACGCGCCAGUUCCCGACAGCCUGGCGAUGAUGCCACCUGCUGUCGAGGUGCCAACACAUGACGCCCCUCUGCCUCCGCCGUCCAGGUCUCCUCCGUCUUCAGAUGCCAACGAGAACAGGCUGGCGCAUCCCAGCAUCAACACGAUACCCAGUGCUCAGAUCGCUGAUGCCCAGCCCUCCCCUCAGAUGUCUAGACUGGCACUGGACACCACAGAGGACAACAGCAACAACAACCACCGCCACCAGCCAGGCCCCACAAAUGCCCAUAGUAGCCCAGUACCAGAGGCCUGCACCCCCCCUGCAGUGCCUGAAGUGCAGCCUCAACCCAGCACACCCCCAAGCCCAUCGGCCAAACGGACCAAUCUGAAGAAGCCGGGUUCCGAGCGAACGGGUCACGGGCUGAGGGUGAAGUUUAACCCACUGGCUCUGCUGCUGGAUGCCUCCCUGGAGGGAGAGUUUGACCUGGUGCAGAGGAUCAUCUAUGAGGUGCGUAAUCCAAGCACACCCAACGAUGAGGGCAUCACUCCACUCCAUAACGCCGUGUGCGCGGGGCACCAUCACAUCGUUAAGUUCCUGCUGGACUUCGGCGUAAACGUCAAUGCAGCCGACAGUGAUGGAUGGACCCCUCUGCACUGCGCUGCCUCCUGUAACAGCGUCCAUCUCUGCAAACUGCUGGUGGAAUCGGGGGCGGCCAUCUUUGCCACGACCAUCAGCGAUGUGGAGACGGCCGCAGACAAGUGUGAGGAGAUGGAGGAGGGAUAUAUUCAGUGCUCCCAGUUCCUCUACGGUGUGCAAGAGAAGUUGGGGGUGAUGAACAAGGGGUCUGUCUACGCUCUGUGGGAUUACGAGGCGCAGUCGGGCGAUGAGCUCUGCUUCCACGAGGGAGAUGCCCUCACCGUGCUGCGUCGCCGCGACGACAGCGAGACGGAGUGGUGGUGGGCACGGCUGAACGAUAAGGAGGGAUACGUGCCACGCAACCUGCUAGGGUUGUAUCCCAGGAUCAAGCCCAGGCAGCGCUCUUUGGCAUAGCGCCCUCUGGCUGCCACCAUAUGCAAGUGCAAGCUCCUGUGAGCAGUCUGGUGAUCCACUGGCGCCUGCAGACAGCAGCUUUGCCCUGGGGCACUGCCCUCUCUGCGUGCCUGUGCCCACUGGGCACACCUGGAGAGAGAGAGAGAGAGGGCCAUGCCUACAGGCACAGCGCCCCAUGUCUGGGUGCCCUGGCCUGGGCUAGAGUCUAGCGUCUGGGGUGCCUCAUACAUGUGCGUCUGGAAAAGAGAGACAGUGGAAGGAGGGAGGGAGAAACAGACUACAAAUACAGAUACUCCACCUGCAUUCACAGCUGUUUACUUUCAUAUGGCUGAACCUGUUUUUUUAUUUUAUUUUUAUUUUUUCCCUACCGGAUCACGCAGCUUUGUUAGUGUUCUUAUUAUAUUUUCAAAUGAUCUUUUCUGAUACAGUUCACAUCUUGUGGUGUGAGUGAGCUAGAAGUGGAAAUGGGCAUUUGAGGAGAGGGGGAGAGUGGGAACAGAGGAUGUGCUGUAAACAUUUCAAGGGUGUCCUCGAAAGAAUGUUUAUUUGUGUGUGUGUGUGUGUGUGUGUGUGUGUGUGUGUGUGUGUGUGUGUGUGUGUGUGUGUGUGUGUGUGGAUGGGGGAAGAGUGAAAGAGGAAAAGGUCGGAGACUAAAGUGGGACACAGGAGCUGACUCGGAGAAAAGGAAGGAACCAAAGGCAUCCGAAAGUGUUAUUUUUUUUUUUUUGGACGAAGAGGACGAGGUGAAUCUUGAGGCUAGCAGAGAGGGUUUUUUAUUGAAGGAAAUAGAGGAUGUGGCUCAGGGAGGAAACGGUGUACGUGUUAAUUUGUGAAUGAGUGCGAAUGUGCAGAAGUGAAGGGGGAAGACUGAGAGGAGAGUGAUGAGAAGUUUCUUGGGGAUAACUGCCAAGUGAGCAGCAAACUAUUAAAAACAACCAGAAUCUGUUACGGAAUUAGUCGGUGGCCAACUCAUUUCUGAAAUGGUCAAAAAACAUGAAAGGCAUACUGUAUUCAGGGGGAGAUCCUCCAUUUUGAACUUGUAUCCUUACACAAUCCUUUUUUUAAACUGAAAUACUUAGACAGGAAUUUGUAUGUUGUAUUAUAUUUUUCCUGUUUAAAGUGUUUGUGAUUUAAUGCACAUUCAAAGUAAUGCUUUAAAACUGCUCGACAACAGAAUACUCCAAUUAACCCUUUAAGGAGUGGAUCACAAAUAUGUGAUUAAAAAUGUUGCCAACUGAAGGUUCCACUAGAUGAUGUAAAAAAUGAUCUCAAGGGACUGUUAUGAAUGACAGUUGAUGUAAAUUCUUGAUCUGUAUGGUAUAGUUCUGGAAUGACUUGCAAAAAAAUACUCACUCCACAAAGAGUUAAAAGUUGUGGAUACACUAGUGGCUGAGUGGAAUGGCAUCAUACAACAUCAUUUACGCAAGGUGUCCUAUACAUGUAUAAAAUAAAAGAGAUCCCAGACUGGGAAACCUGA